AUGGCGCGGAGAGGGGAGAAGCUGGAGGAGCCCCUACUCCAUGAGGAGGAGAGGGGAGGUAGCGAGGCGGACAUGGGGGACAUAACCACCUGCCGGACUUUUCUGAAGGAGGCGGUGGAGGAGAACAAGAGGCUCUGGUACCUCGCGGGGCCGGCGAUCUUCACCUCCAUAGCGCAGUACUCCCUCGGCGCCGUCACCCAGGUCUUUGCCGGCCACCUCACCACGCUGGAGCUCGACGCCGUCUCCACCGAGAACAUGGUCAUCGCCGGCCUCGCCUUCGGGAUCAUGGUUCGUCUCCUCUCCCCACCGCCGUAUCCUCUCUUUUCCCUUCUUCCGCAUCAUCCUCCUCAUCGUCAUCAUCCUCAUCUUCCUCUUCCGCUUGUGGCAACAAUAGAUCGGAUCUAG